GCUCUGCUGUUCUGUUUCAUUGGACGCUAGUGAAGGGGUGCGACACACAUAUUCUUUUCAUUGGUAUUUAGAGGAAUGGCUCGAUACAUUUUUCCAGAGUGGAACGUCAGCAAGGUUGAAGACUGCUGUUCCCUCCAGAAUUUGUCGAAGGCAUCGAAUGCAUGAGACUUGCUCGUUAUUGUAGCUGUUGCUGAAUGACCUUUUAAAACCAAGACAAAACACAAUCACAGCCUUCGAAUUCCUGUUGCUACAGUUUAGAAGUUGGACCGUGUGAAAGAGUACUAGUAGCUGUUCAACGAAGAAGAUGCCUGAAGAAGAUAUUGUAACGAUGAAAGACUUGGAGAAUCCCGGAAAGACGGGAGAAGAGACGGAAGAUCCUUCGGUGGUCGUCACUGCGGAUGACAGCAGCACCAGUGGGAGCCUGGAUGAAGCUGCUACUAGUAGUAGUACCAACGGGAAGGCUGUUGGAAAGAAGAAGAAAUUUGGCUGGAUGGGAGGAGUCUUGGCCUUGUUGGUGUUGACUGUCGUUAUCGUGUCGGUGGCUGUUUCCAGUUCUAAGGAUAAGGGUAGCUCCACCUCUAGCCUUUCUGGUUUCUGGAAGGACGGAGAAGAUUCUGCUUCUGGCAAUCACAAGGACAAGCCUGGCUGCAACAAGACCCACUACAAUCAUGGUCACCAUGCCCAUGGUGGAAAUCACAACCAUUACCAUGGCCACCAUGGCAGGGAUCCUCUUGACCCUAAUCAAGAAGAAGAAGAAAAUCCAUUUUCUGUGGCUGCUGUCCAGGAAUCCUCUCCAGCUGAUUCUGAAGAAGAAGAAGUGGAACUGCCUACAGAGCUCCCCUUUGGUGAUGUCCCCAUCCAAGGCUUCUCCUCUGAUAUCCUUCAGGGGUAUUCUACCGAAGAAGAGCUUCAGGACGAUUUGACAAAGACCGGAAAGCACAUUCUCAAUCAGGUCAUUCUACAAAAUGUGGCUCGUCAUCAGUACUAUGCACAGACGGUAUGGGGAUCUGCCGCCAAUGGUGGAGACACUCCUCCUAGAGAACGUCCCUCUACUACCAGUAGUGCAGCCCAACAAGCGGGACAAGAAAUUGCCUCGGCGGCAUCCGUAUUGACCACCACGGAGGCUUCCAAGACCAACAACCAAGAAGAAGAUGUCGAUGAAGCCGAUAUCAUCAAGAACGACCAGAACUAUGUCUAUGCCGUCCUGGGAGAUUUCCUCGUCGUUUGGGAUAUCCACACAGGAGCACAAGUCACACAAGUACAGAUGCCCUCGCUCUACGGAGAAGAUCACAUUGGCAGAAACUGGAACUGGAAUCCAGUCACUCGUAUUAAUGGACUCCUAUUGACGCCCGACCAUGUCAUUCUCAUGGUCGAUGCCCACAACCACCAAAAUGACGAACAACAACAAGAACCAGGACAGCCAGAAUUGAUUUCCAAGUACCAGGCCACACAGCUCCGAGUCUACUCCAAACCCACUCCCACCAAGACAGAAAUGACACUCCUUGCUACACAAAAAUUGCAGGGCAUCUAUCGCGAUGGACGAUGGUUGGAAGAUUCCCAAACCAUUCAUUUGGUAAUGUCGGGAGAUAUCAAUGCCUACUCUUACCUGGUCGAACCACUCUCCUACCGUCACUUCCGUGACGAGGAUGAGAACUCACCCCUUUCACCCAUGGAAUAUGUUGCCGCUGCCACGGAAUUGGCCACCAACACUCUCUUGCCGGAAUUCGUCACGGCGGUCACCAAUGCUCUCAAAAUCAACGGUCAGUUGCCAGAAAUGUUGCAGAUCAACGGUUGGGCGGCCUCUACCGUCAUGUCACCAUCCGCCGAAGAGACACUCGCACGAUUGGGAGGCGUUGGCCUGGGUGUUUUCCACAACGACGAAGCCUCCAAUGAUUUGCCACUCCGUGCGUUCAUUCAAGUCGUUUCCCUUCACGUCGAUGAUUUGCCACCUGCCAAUGCCAUGUCCAUUAUUGCGCAAGAUGCCUUGCCCGUCACCAGUUCGCUCUUGAUGGGACCCACCACUCGAUGCGACUUUUAUGCCACUGGAAAUCACUUGGUUGUGGCUUUGGAGCAUGUCCAAUAUAACGAAACCACCCGUGCUGUCAACGAAAAUGUCUUUGUCGUCCACCUUGGAGUCGAAGAAGCCAGUGAACGCGAAAUUUUGUCGACGGCCAGAGUCCAUGCCAAUUUCCAUUCGGUAGUGUCGGUUCCAGGACAUCUCAACAACGGUGCCUACAGUCUCGAUAUUCAAGGCAACGAUUUGCGAUUGGCCACCACCGUGCAGAAAUGGAGCGCCCUCGAACGGGUCGGACAAGUCUGCGGAGAGCGACUUGAAAUGUUGAACAGUAAUGGUGCUUCCAAUAAUAAUGAGGAUGAGUGUCAAACCCACGACAGCUGGAAGCAAUGCUUUGAUUUGGCCAUUGAUGGAUGUACCCAGAUUGAAACCACGGGAUGUCCCUACACCUACACGUGUGCCCAAUCACACCAGGAAUCGUCCACCGAUAACUACAUCAUGGUCUUUGAUCUGGCAUCCAACGACAUGAUGAUGGAACGUGGACGCAUCCGUAUUGGAGAGGACCAUGAAAUCAUUACAUCUGUGAGAUUUGGUGAGACUUUUUCCUAUGCCACCACAUUUGAUCAACGUGAUCCUUUCUAUGUGCUCCGUCUUGAACCAGAACAGCCACCAGCCAUUUUGGGUGAACUCAAGUUGGAUGGAUUUUCCCGAUACUUGCAUCCCUUGGAGGACUUUGAAGACAACAAAUUGUUGGUUGGAAUUGGUCAGAACUCCACCGGCACUGGUUUUGACCAACGCAACACUGGUGUCAUGAUUACUGUCUUUGAUGUCACUGAUCCUGCCGCUCCUGUGGCAGUGGCCAGUCACAUGCUAGAAAAUGAUGACAAGAUUGAGUCCUACACCCAUGCUGCAUGGGAUGCCAAGGCUGUGCAGUAUGCCAAUGGAAAAUUGGUGUUGCCUGUAACGAUGUAUCAUAAUGGUGAGUGGGAUGCUGCUGACGAAGACGAUUCGUUGCAAGGUGGUGACGUGAACAUGGACGAUUUCGUCGACGAAGAAGACCAAGAUCUUGCUGUAGAGCGUACGCACGAAGACGACAAGUCAAUGGGUGGCAACUUUAAUGGAUUCUUUGUCUUCAAUGUUGGUCCUGGUGGCAUUAGUGAAGCUCUCCGCAUCGAUAAUGCCAUGGUGGCUGGUGCUUGUCACUACUGUGAUGGUGGAUUGACCGACUCCCGCAGUAUUGUAAUGGAUGAUGGCAGUUUGAUGACCAUGUUUGAUGAUUCCGUCCAGAGUACCAACAUGACAACUGGUGAGACCUUGUGGAGCAUGUCGGUGGAACUUGAAGGUGUUUCCAAGGAUUGCUGCUGGUAGGGCAAGACCCAACUUGAGAUUUUCUACAAGGAACGGAGGACCAACAUGAUUCAUUGUUAUGUAUUUAGGGAAAACAAAAGCCUAACUUUUGGUUGAGUGUCUCAGUGCCUGCUGAAAUGCUGCAGUGUCCUGGACGACGAAGAGUGGCAUUGAAUGAAACGAUAGGAGAGUGUCUGCUGCAUCGUUCCGCCAUGCUUAACUCAUAAAUAAAAACUUGUGUGUUC